AUGAAGGACUCCAAUGUGAUGGCCCCUGUGAUCGAUGGUUUCAUCGUACUUGCGUUGGGAUUUCUAAGACUGACACUUGCUCAAAAGAUCGACGACCUUUCAGCCAAAGUUGACCGCCUCAACGAUUUACCGGAAAAUGUUAAACUUAUCCAGGAUGAUGUCAAGGCUAUCCAUGACAAAUUUGAACAACUUGAGCCUCGUAUUGAGCGUCUUGAACACAGAGUCUCCGAUAUUGAGAGUAGAGUCGAUGCAAGACUGGCUGGCGGUAGUGGUUUUGAGGAAACCCUGAUGGAGAUCAAUGAUCAGGUUGUCAUUCCAUCUCUGAAGGGUGUUAUCUGUGCUGAACAACAUGGCUUUAUGAAAGGACGCUCGACUACUACUAAUCUACUAGCCUUCCAAGAUCACAUUCUCACUGCCUUCUCAGAAUCUCAUCAGGUGGACUCCAUAUACACAGACUUCUCUAAAGCUUUCGAUCGUGUAAGCCAUGAACACCUGGUGGCCAAGCUUGAAGCUAUUGGACUCAGUGGAAGCCUGUUGAUGUGGUUGAAGAGCUAUCUUCGGGAUCGUUCUCUUCGGGUUCGGGUUGCUGGCUGUUUGUCGAAGCCUUUCUCUGCUACAUCAGGUGUGCCUCAGGGAUCGCUGUUGGGCCCUGUUCUCUUCUCAAUAUUUAUCAAUGACUUAGUCCAGUACACCCAAGGAUCAAAAGUUUUACUCUUCGCCGAUGAUGCUAAAUUCUUCAGAACAAUAAAAACCCUCAACGAUAUCCAGGCUUUACAGAACAGCUUCGACUACCGCACUGCUCCAAUUCAUGAUCUGCGACUUCAGUUAAACUUGAUGCCACUUCACACAAGACGAAUAAUCAAUGACCUACUGUUCCUGAGGAAGCUGAUUAACUCGAACAUUGAUGCCCCAGAUCUACUUGUCAAGCUGGACUUCCGCACUUCUUGA